CGUUCAUCACUCUGUAAUAGUAGAAUUUCGACACAUCACGCAUGGAUCAUGGGAUUCGUGUGUAAUUUGUUAGAUAUUUAUUAAUCUCAUCAAUUAUAUGCCUUCUUCAACCACUUCAGUUGCUAAACUUCCUGGUGAAGCAGAUAUGGUUGCCCCACCUCAUAGAAUAUAUAACAUACGAGGUUGUCGUGUUGUGACACUAACCUUCUUUGUCUUGUUCACUGCACUGUUAUUCUACGUCAGUUUUGCGGACGUUUCUAUUCCAAAACUAUUAUAUUUAACGCCUAAACAAAGCUCCUUGGCCGAGGUCCAUGGAAUUAUGUUUGAUGCUGGUAGUACGGGGAGUCGAAUUCAUGUGUUUACCUUUGUUAGAGGAAAAGGUGAGGAGUACUAAUCUUAGGGCCGAUUAGUUAAACAUAGGUUAAAGUUUAGCUGUUGUCUAACAAAACCGCGCUCAAAACUAUCUUGAGUUAAGCUGAAUCUUUUAUCUGAACAGUCGUUUUGGUAAAAUUUCCGCACAGUCCAUCCUACAUUAUGCAUUCAGUUCUUGAACAGAGAAAACAAUGACAAAAACAAUACAUUUACAUUGGGAAAACAGAUUUGUUUUACAAUAGUAUGGGGCUGUACGGAAAUUUUACCAUCGUUUUUUUUAACGCUGUCAGGUGGGCCGAAAGCGAGGAGUGGAAGGACAUUUAUUUGAUGAAUUAUUUAACUAAGGCCCACUGGUUGAAUAAAACUGCUGUUUGAGAUAGACCUUGUAGAAAUAACUGGCCCUUUAAGUGUCUACAUAUAUCUGGCAAUCAGAUAGGAUUAUUAAAAUAUUUUGUGUCCAGCUGAAAGUAAUUUUUACAGAAUUUCCUUAAAUGGUUUUUUAAAACUUCUUAACCCUUUUCCUCCCAUGAGUGACCAAGACAGAAUUUCUCCUUACAAUAUCAAUAUAGUAUCAAGCAGACAAGUGAUGAGAAUAAAGAAAAAUAUCAAUUUGGGGAAAAUUAGUUGAUGCAAUACUAAAUUAUCUAAACUAACAUCGCAAGAACUGUAUCGCAGACAGUAAGGAGAAUUACUAAUGAGAUCUAAGGAGUUAAAGGGUUAAGAGUAUCAGAUGUUUGUUAAGAGAUGUCUAAAAACUAAAUUCAUCAUGGUUCUUAAGCGGAUAAAUUUUCUGAGCUUGAGUAUACAGAUAAAACUACAAGAUGAUUGACUCUUUGGAAACAUUAUUGACCUUGCAAGUUAUGGUAUGCACAAUCUUGGAAAAUUUGUCCACUUAAAAAGCAUUGUAAUAUUUGGCUUUGUUAUACAAACAUUGAACACUACCUACACUAGGUUUGCAACAGGUUUUCUGAAAGAAUUUGGUGAAUAUUUCUGCCUGUCAUUUUGGAAUUUCCAUUCCAAGUGGACAACAUCCUGGUUGUGCAAUGCAUCUGCCAACUUUUCCAAAGUGGUAUAAGUUUGAUUGCCCUAACCAUUUUACUUGAAUACCGCAAUAAAAUAUAUUGAAUACAGUACACUACAGAAAACAGAAAAUGCACUGACAACUGGUGACCAAUGUCAAGCACUGUGAUGUAAAGUCUUUUUGUAAAUUCUUUUUUUUUUUCUGACUUUAUUGAUCUAUCUUAAUCAAGGAGGACAACUGGAGCUUUCUAAUGAAUUUUUCCACGAAGUAAAGCCUGGUCUUUCUUCUUAUGCUGACAAUCCAAAACAGGUUAGUACAGAAGUUUGCUCUAAAGAGAAAAAAAGAAUGUCUCUCCCCCUCCAACCAAAUUGUGAGUUUUGGUUUGGUCCCUAUUACUCCCCCUUCUUAUUGAAAUUUAAUUUAUGAUCAAGUAUUCUUUUAAUUAUUUACACCCUAAAAUCAGUAUGCAAGUUCUCUGUACUGUUGGGAGAAGUUAGAUACUAAUUGAAAAAUAAUUUUGCUUCACACACUUUUGUUCCUUUGGAAUUUUCAGUGAUCCUCUAUGAAAAACAUUUUUUGUUUCCUGUGAUUGCACCAUUGUAUCAAAUUUCUCCCACAGUCCAUUAUGUCACAUUCCAUUUCUGAAAGGAUACCUUGAAGUUUUUCUUUUGGAUUCAAAUUUAAAAAAAGGGUCUUUGUCUCCAUCUCAGUCAUUCUUUGGGAGUUCUGAGUGACACUCCAAGGAACAGCUGUGCUUUGCAACAGUACUGUAACUUGUGUGAUUAAUUUGAUAUUUGUUUAAAACAGGGCUCCCAGUCAAUUGAGAGACUUCUUCAAAAGUCGGAAGAUAUCAUACCAAAACAAAGGUGGAAAUACACCCCUGUGGCACUAAAAGCUACAGCUGGUUUAAGACUGCUUCCAUCAAAUUCUUCUAAACAAUUGCUAGAGGAGGUACAUGACUGUAAUAAUUAAACUCAUUAUAAUUCCUUGUUCACGAUGCAGUAGGCAAAUGGUUAUUGCCUUAAGACUCAGUAUUUAAAAGAAAUGUCACCAUUAAUUCAGUUGGGCAUUCACUGGCGCGCAAACUAAAAUACAGGAGUCACCCUGUAGGAUUUCACAUUUCUUAUGGUACUGGCAAGGGGAAUUAUCUUGACAAUCCAGGGCAUGAAAUUGCGCCUAAUACAGGCACCAAUGCGACUAAAUUUUUCACUUUGGCGACCAAAUCCUGAAAGUUAGUCGCCAAAUUGGCGACUAGAACGUUUUAUCAUAACCUUACCAAGAGAUUUAGCGAAUUAAAAAGAUUUGCAAAGAUAAAUCCGCGGCAAACUUCCUCGUUAAGUUUGUUUCCAAAACGUAGCACAUGCAUCUCGAUGGAUAACUGGACGCCGUCUUGGAUUUAGAUGAGUGUCCACUUUGUAGCACGUUAAAGAUCUUUUUCUUAACUUAAUUUUGGAGGGUCUAUCUAGAACGCUGACAGCGUAAAGAAAGAAAUUAGUUUGUCUUUGAAAAUGGCGACCAACUUUUUUUGAAUUGGCUACCACUUUGAAGAAUUUAGGAGCCAAGUGGCUAUCAGGAAAAAAAGUUAAUUUCACGCCCUGCAAUCAGAAGCUUCAUAAAAUUGGUGAUCAUUUUCUAUAUUCUCCUGACCUUUAUAUUUGAAUCAUGGCUGAUAUAGUAAGGAGAAAUUAGUGGCCAGUCACUCUUAGAGUUAAAGGAUUAACCCUUAUCACAGUCACCCAAGGUCAUACUUGCACAGAGAAAUUAUUAAAUCGUUAUGUCCUUUACUUGACACUUUUGUUGAAGGUGCGAAGAUUGUUUCAAGAAUCACCAUAUCAUUUUUCUCAAGAGAGUAAUGUUGACAUUAUGGACGGACCUGAUGAAGGGCUGUUUGCUUGGAUUACAGUUAAUUUUUUGUUAGGUACCAAAAUAUCUUUAUGCUUUUGUGUACUAAUAAAUUAAUGCAGGAUUCUCACAGAUUUUGGAAUUUUUGAAAAAAAUAUGUGUAUUCUUUGGAAAUUGCAAACUAAUUUUUAGAGAGACCAGCAGAAAACUGAAAAGAUAUUCAAUGGUGGAUUGUUGUCAUUCAAUCUACAGAUACUGUAGCAAAGUGUAACAUGUACUUGAUUAAUUUAAAAAAGUUAAAUAUGACAAAUUCCCAACAUGGUGAAUUUGAAAUUUAUUUUACGUAUUGUUUUGCUCAAAAUGAAACCUUAAAAAAGGCUGCAUAUGGUAGGUCUACACAGCUGUAUAAAUUUAAAAACGAAAUUCAGGUCAAAACAAAUUCAAACUACUGGUAGUUUGAUUUUUCAGGUCCUGUGUUGUUAAUGCACAGUAUAUAACCAUAAUCCCUUAAACAAAGGAAAUACAGAUCAAACUAGUUUGAAAUCAUUCUAACACUACAACAGCUAUGUAUUUCUCUGUGUUUGGUGUGUGUUUGUAUCUUAUUACAUUUCAAUGUGUUGAAAUCUGGGAUUAAUUUCAGUAUUUGAGCAACUGUUUACUUACUUGAUCCAACAACUGUCAACUAUCAAGAAUUUAGGGUUGUUAACCCCUAGAUUCCCACAACUGAUUUCCAUGUAACUUCUCCUUACAAUAUCCAUACAUUAUUCAACAAACGGGUGAUGAGAUUAUUCAAUCUUAUCAGUUAGAGGUUGUUAUCAUGAUAUAACACUGAAUUCUUGUUACUAAAUUACAAGGAAAUGUGUAACAGCUGGAUGGGAGAUCAGAUCUUGGGAGUUAAAGAUUAAUGGGUUAAAGGUUAAUCUGAUAAUUGUGAUUGCAGAAAUGUGUAUUCCUAAGGCUUGUGUGUAAAAUUUGUUUGUUAUUGUUUGUUAUCAGGUGGCCUUAAAAGUGAUGAUUCAAAACUAUUUGGAACCUUGGACCUUGGUGGUGGAUCAACACAAAUCACACUGUGUCCUGUUCAUCAGGUUUGAACUGCUUUCCAAUGCCAAAGAUCUCAUUUAUUUCGUUCUUCUCCCCUCCAGCUGCUAUGCAUUUUUUUAGAAAUUUGUUAUGAAAAAUUGGUAGAUGUUACUAUGUUGAUUAUAUCCAUUUGUUAGGUAAAACCAUGCAUUUGGUCAGACGUACUAAGUAAAGCUUUUAUUUCCUUGUGCUACCUUUUGUAAUGGAUGGUGUACUGAUAUUGUUGGAGUUAUUUUAUCAAUCAUUUCUGAAAUUUAGGAUUUGCUACAGUGCUAAAUCUUUGCAUUGUUGUGAAUCUAAAGUUUGCAUUGUUUUAUCACAAAGUGUCAAUUGUUUUAAGAGCUAAUGUCAACAUGCACCAGACAAACUGCAGCAAGUCACCCAAAAUUUGUUUUCUCACCAACUUUCAUAUUUUGCAACAUAAUCCUUUGUUCUAUCAUCUGAACUUAAUACCCUGUCAUUAUUGAAGCUGGCAAAGAAAUAUUUAUUUUUGGUGAAUAUUUUUGUCCAACAUACUUUCUCUAUGUCGAAAAGUAGCAUCAAAACAAAGACAAUUUUAGCAAUGACCGAUAUGACAGAAUCUACUGAGCUUCUAGCUUUUAAAAGACAAAGGGAUGGUUAUAAAGUUACUGUAAAAAUUAUGAAUUUGGGCAACUUGCCAAAAUAUUUCAAAUUUGUUGGAUGGAUGCUGACAUCUUAAAUUGAUUGCUUCAAUUUCCUCAUAACAUGUCUGUUUUUCUUGAAGGAAACUCUUCAAGAAGCUCCUGUGGGAUUCCGAAGAUAUCUAACAAUAGCCAAGAGAAAGUUUCCUUUGUACACUCACAGGUACAUGGAACUGCAAGAGCUGGAGAAAAUGAGACAGAGGGGAGGGAGGUGGAGAAAAUCAGAGGGAGGGAUGGGAUAGAGAGGCUGUUCACUGGUCUGGGUCUUGUGAUGUGUUAAAUCCUUGCAACCUUUUCACUCCACAAAUCUAACUAUUAAUUCUUUACACUGUCUACCUUACAUUCCUUAUGAUUUUAGCUCAAAGUACCUGUUGUAAAAUAAAAUAAUAUCCCUUUAUCACUGUUUUCCUUUCUUUUUAUCACCUUACUGCUUGAAAAUGUAUUGAUAUUGUGUAAGGAGAAAUUACUUGUCUGUCACCCCUGGGAGUGAAAGGGUUAAGUUAUUGUAAUUAUCAAAAAUCAUAACAUGAAAGACAAAGCAAAUCCUCAGGCUUUUUUUUUUCUUUCAACUUUUAGUUAUCUAGGUCUUGGGCUCAUGGCAGCAAGAACAGCCAUAUUAGAGUCAGGAACAGCUGGGAGUAAGGAUGUUGCUUUGCUUCACUUGUUACAUGUACUAUGUAGAGUUUGUCUCCGUAAAAAUGGACCUUCCUGAGUAUUUCUCUCUUCUACAUUGAUUAGAUGGUGUAGAUGUCAAACUCAGUCCGUGUAUACAUUACAACUUUAGAGGAAGCUGGAAAUUUGGCAUUCACAAAAGUAUUGAAAUUAGGUUAGUAAUGAAACCUUCUUUUAUCACAAUUCCAAUUGUAGCAUACAUAUAUGAACUUACAACGUAUUUUGUUAACAAGUUUUUCAAAGCACCAGACUGUACAUUAAUUGGAAAAAUUUGCUGGGCUUGAAUUGUUUCAAGGAUUUAUAUUUUUCCUUGUUUGAUGCUAGUGACAAACUGGAAGCAUCUCUCUAUAAAAACAACCCCAUAUACCUUAACAUCAGUAUGCAUAUUCUCCCUACUGUUCUCCAUACAUUUCCAAAGGUGCUGACAAGGAGAAUUUGUUUAACAACAAAGAGCUACUUUAGUUAGUGAUCCUUCAUUCAUGUGAACUUAUUGUGUGAUUCAGGGGUGAUAUUAUAAGGAAGAAUUAGAUGCUAGUCACUCUCUGGGGUCAAGUGGUUAACUUUGUUACUUUUUAUCAUGUUCCAGUGGUGACAGUAGAUAUGGAUAUUCUGGAUGUUUGGAGGAUGCCAAGAAAGUUCUGGCUAAAUUCCAAGUUCAUAAACCAGGUAUGACAUUUUCAACAGAAACUUGUUCCAAGGAAAACAAGAUAUGUUCACUGUACAGUCUUCAUCCUACAAUUUGCACGGAAACAAUAUCCUGGCUCUUCCCAACCCAAAAACAACAACUUAUGGUCUGCACUCUUUUUCAUACUUAGCUAGCAAAAUAUGGAACUCUCUCCCAGACACUUAAAAAACAUUAAAUUUUCUAGAAUUCAAGCAGGAGAUCCUCAGAUAUGAAGCUUUUCCACAGUAGAUCUACAAGUUAUAUUUCCCUUUGCAUGCAUAAUGUUGUAUAUAGUUUGUAAAUAAUAUUGGAAUUGUAAUAUAGCAUAUUUUUAUUUUACUUAACUUAUUUUCUCGAAGAUAUUAGCUCUACAGCUACACUGUGAAUUCCGAGCAUAAAUAAAGUAUAUGACUGUAUGUAUGUAGGAGAAAAGUUUCUGAAAAUAUUUGUAAUUAAUACUAAUAAGUUAAACUAGCUUCUAACCCUUUAACACAAAGAAGGGACAUUUUUUUUUACUUAUUUCUGGUUAGUAGGCAAUGUGAAAGGCAUUGAAAAGCAUAGAAAAAAUGUUUUCCUUUUAACACAAUGGUUUCACUUGUCUUUCACUUGUCAAAUUAGUUUGCAUGCUUUUGACAAACUUGCUCUCAUGCAGCAGCUUAAGUGCCUUAAUGAAAUUUGUUACUGCCAAUGAAAAACCUUUAAGAUUUUAAUGUGUAGAGGAUGACAAAUAGAAGGACUUAUAAGGGCUAAGGUCCAACAAUAUCCAAUGAUGUCCUAUCUCAACCCUUUAGCAUCUAAGUUGCACAUUGAUGAAGGCAGAUUCUUACAAUCUGUUUUGAGUUUUACAUGCUGUAUGUAAUGUGUUUUUCUGAUCUGGGGAUCGUUUUUCACUUUUAUUUCUUUCUUUCCAGUUGGAAUUGACUCAAUACAAAUGUAUGCCUUUUCAUACUACUAUGACAGAGCAGUGGAUUUGGGGCUAAUUGGUAAGUGAAAUUAAAAGCAAUGGAACCUGCUCUAACAACUUACUAUUGGUAGUCAUAUUUUGUUGCUAUUGAUUUUGAACAAGGUCGCAAUUUUUUUUUACUGUGCACAACAUGUUUCUAUUCAAGUGUAUCAAAUCUUUGUCAGAAAUACAGUAACUACACCUUUUGUGCUAUUUGAAUUUAUAACAACCUACCAUGAAAUCUUGAAUAAUUUAGCAGGAUUACAUACAUGAAUAAAUCAUGCGUACAAGAAAGAAAAAAGAAAAAACCAUGAUAUGAACAUAGAUGUUAGCAAUGCUUAACCCUUUAACUCCCAAGAUUUCAUUGGUAAUUCUCCUUACUGGCUGUCAUACAAUUCUUGUGAUGUUAGUUUGGAGAAUUUGGAAUUGGAUCAACCAAUAAUCCCCUAAUUGAUAUAUUUUUCUUUACUCUCAUUACUUGUCUGCUUGAUAUUGUACUGAUAGUGUAAGGAGAAAUUCUGUCUUGGUCACUAGUGGGACUUAGAAGGUUAAAGUGUUAGUGUUAGUUUGACAUGGUGAACUUGUCUCUUUGUUGAAGUGGAUAACUUCCUCGAGUUAAAGCUGGGAUUUUGCAGAAGCAGAUUUGUCUGUUGUCUUUUUACAAGCAGCUCGGGAAUAUGCAAUGGCUUAAGGGCUAUUGAACUGGAUUUGUGGCCAGGUUAUUGUGUUGUGUUCUUAGGCAAGGCGCUAAACGCUCACCAGGCCACCAGGCCUCUCUCCACCCGGGAGUAUAAAUGCGUACCGGUAAACUGUUUGGAAAACCUGGCUGGGUAGGGUGGGGGAGGAGCUAGUUAUACAGUGGACUUAUCCCCACCCAGCGAAAGGGGCAGAGUGUUUUUUAUGCCAUGGGAACCAUGUCAAACUCCAGCAACGGUAGACUACUCAAUUGACUUACAACCAAGCUCACUACAAGUCUCCAUUUUUUUCUUAUGUCUCAUUUUGAUUGUAGACUUAGAGAAGGGUGGAACGAUCACUGUUGGUCAAUUUAAAGAGGGUGCCGAACAAGGUAUUUCUCUCUUAAUAGAAACUAUAACACAACUAUCGAACGUGAGUGGUUAUCACCAGCCCGAUUUGAGCACUUAUAGGACGGUGUACGAGUCAUGCUCGUCCAAUUCUGUCUGUGAUCAUACUCGUAAUUAACAAAUCCGACUCCACUCGGUGUUAUUACCAUUAUAAAUACUUCGGUAACAUGGUAUAAUGUAAAUAGUUCGUGCUGGGACCGAGUGUAGUCUGGCCCUUUGUCAGAUUCUUCAUUUACACUCAACAGUACUCACAUGUGUUACAGUAACCACACUCAAAUACUUUUUUUUAAUUAAUUUCUCAUGCGAACGAUGGUCAGCGUCUGUGGGUUUUUUUUUGGCAGCUUGUUCCAAUGAAUCAAAGACGUCGCCAUACCUCUGCUUGGAUUCCACUUACAUAGUAGCUCUUUUAAUGGAAGGAUUUGGUUUCACAGAAGAAAGAAAACUGACUGUAAGUUCUACUUUUCGUUGUUCUUUUUGUUGUUGUUAUUGUCUUUAAUUGAUUAGAAGGCAUGGUGUCCGUUUCAAAGAGCAAAUUUAUUCUUACUUGGGGUGAUUAGUGAUAAAUGAAUCCUUUCAGUCGAACUGUAAUUUGAUGCAGGCUUCAAUGGGGCGUGGACCUCUCUACAUAUACUUUCCCUCCCCUCCCUCACUUAGGCGUCCCUAGUACCAUUACAAACUGAGAUACGAAGCCACAUGACGAGAGCCAGGAAAAUUAUAAUUUGUUCUUUGUUCCCCGAUGAAAAAGAAUGUGACCCCAGUCAAUACUUGAAUAUACAUCUCGCAGUCAUUUUUUCGUUUUCGAAUUUCUGAUGUAGCAAAAGUCGCUAUCAGGUAUCAACAACUUCAUAGAGUAUUCAAUGAAAUUCACUCCUUUAAACCUUGCUUUCUUGAGUGCGUUUUGUACUUGAUCUAUUUCUAAUGCGCGCGUUUCUUGUCUUUUGAUAGCUUAAAAAGAAAAUCGAUGGUGUUGAAGUAAGCUGGGCCCUAGGUGCUACUCUUGAUCUUUUUGACAAAAUGACGUAACGUCAGGUCGAGUCAGGAAACUUUUCCUCAUCGAGUGGUUGAGCUGAGUUCGUCUUGCUGUUCCGCAAAUAAUAGUUGCUUUCAAUUGAAUUGAACGAUAUUUAAUGGUAAAGAACAGCCACAAGGUGUAUUUGUAUUUCAAAUGUUACCAAUAGGGACUUAAUCGUUUAGGCAAGGAAUUGUUUUGCACAAUAGGAAUAACGAACACUUCAAAUCCACUGUCGCAAUUUCGUCAUCGUUUUAAACACUUAUUUACAAUUUAGCAUGGGUAACUGCCAGUGUGCUCGUCGUAUUUAAGCAUAGUCAAUAAAGGGGUUAGUUUCUAAACAAACUGUGGUGCUACGUCAGUGGGGGAGUUGUUUUAUCAACUGAGUUUAUAAUGUAAAUUAGCCACCGUAAAGAGUUUCAAAGCGAACGCUUGAAACAUCAGCUUUGAAACCCUGAUGCGUGUGAGCAUUUGCAUAAGUAACACGCGCAAUAUAAGUAAAUAAAUUAUUAUUAACCCUCUUCGGUGGCUGAUUUAUAUUAUCAACUCGGUUGAGAAAACCAUAUCAUCUCGUUAAGGUGUAAGUUUGUCAACAAAUAUGCGUGUAGAGAAAAAAUAGAGGAAAAUAUCUGUGUUUGCAUAUCCUCUUUUAAGAACGAAGGGGCUGGAAGAGUUAUUACAAGUUAUGCAAACCAUCGACUGCGUCACGGUUUCCAUAACUGUCUCAGAGAACUCUCCCCAAUCCUUAUCGUUUGUAGAUGUAUGUAACCAUUGAGCAAAAUUCAAUUGAGUGCCGAAAGUAACACGGGAUUGCUUUGGUUUAACUGAACUUUACUCUGUGAUUGGUUCAGAAAACUCGUGCCUCUCUCUCAAGCAAUCAGAUGCAAAACUAAAAACAAUUGCGACUUUGUCGCCUGCGUUUUCCCGCGCUUCAAGCAGUUUGCUUGUUUUCACUUUGAGUUCUCAAAGAAACUUCUCUAUUGUGGUUUAUUUGUGGUCUAUUUGUUGUCGCUACAGUCUUGACAGGAAAGAAAAAUUUUUGACGAUGAACAUAUCUUUACAUUAGCUAAUCAAAUAAUUUCUCUGUAGCUCCGUGAUAGAGAUUCUGAAUUUGAAAUUGGUUUGAAUCCUACUUAGAAACUCAGAUUUCUAUUUUCGAAACUAGUUACCAUUGCUUAACAUCGUUCUUUCAUCUUAAUUAUUGUUGUUAUUAUUAUUAUAAUUAUUAUGAGUAGUA